UGAAUGGCGGUGUUGCAUUUCUACAGUAGCCCCGGCAUACAGGCAGGGGCAGCCAAGGCGUGUCUGGAUCGAGUGAAAUCACUGCUCAAAGACGCAGGCCAUGUGGAACUCAAGACGGAGAUAUGCUACAAUGUGGAAGUCCCUGACAAGGAUUCUUUGAAUAAGGAGGACCUUCAAGUGCUACACUGGAUCCUUGCCACGCCAUUUGAGAGCAACAGUUUGGCUUCCAAAUCCUUCUUGGGUGAUGAGAAGUCUUCGGAAGAUGAUGUGAUCAUUGAAAUAGGCCCACGACUCAAUUUCUCCACGGCGUGGUCCACUAAUGCCGUCUCCAUGUGCCAGUCUGCUGGACUCGAUCAGAUCACGCGCAUUGAGUGCUCUCUCCGCUACUUCUUGAGAGCGACAACCGCCGAUGACGCCCCCAUGACAAUCCCACCGGACGUUGUGAAGGAAAUCACUGGCAGUCUACACGAUCGCAUGACGGAGUGUCGAUAUGCCAAACCACUAGACAGCUUUGCAAUUGAGGUGAGCCCCGAGCCCAUAUUUGAUGUCAAUGUUAUGGGAGAGGGGCGGAAAGCCCUGGAGAAGGCCAACAAAGAGUUAGGACUUGCUUUUGAUGACUGGGAUCUGGAGUUCUACACGGAUCUGUUUCGGAACAAGGCAAAGCGCAACCCUACGAGCGUGGAAUGCUUUGAUCUGGCACAGUCUAACAGUGAGCACAGCCGACAUUGGUUCUUCAAGGGACGCAUGGUGGUAGACCAAGAGGAACAUCCGCUGUCUCUGUUCAAGAUGGUCAUGAACACUCAGGCCACCAGCAACCAGAACAACGUCAUCAAAUUCUCAGACAACAGCAGUGCAAUCCAAGGAUACAGGGUACAGACACUGUUGCCAGAGACCCCCGGCAUUGGUGCUUCGUCAUUCAGGAAGCAAGAAGCUGAGAGACAUAUCAUCUUUACCGCUGAGACUCACAAUUUCCCAACUGGCGUGGCACCGUUUAGCGGGGCCACAACAGGAACUGGUGGGCGUAUACGGGAUGUGCAAGCGGCAGGCAGGGGCGCUCAUGUUGUGGCCGGUACUGCAGGGUACUGCUUUGGAAAUCUCCACAUUCCAGACUACGAGCUUCCCUGGGAGGACACCUCAUUUGUGUAUCCAUCCAACAUGGCUCCCGCCUUGCAGGUUGCCAUCCAGGCAAGCAACGGAGCCUCCGACUACGGCAACAAGUUUGGGGAACCGGUGCUGACCGGUUUCGCCCGAUCGUUUGGCAUGCUGGUCGGCAACGGUGAACGGAGGGAGUGGGUCAAGCCCAUCAUGUUCAGCGGUGGGAUUGGCUCCUUGGAGAGUGGUCAUGUGACCAAAGAACAGGCGGAGCCUGGAAUGAAAGUGGUAAAGCUCGGGGGCCCAGUCUACCGCAUUGGUGUUGGUGGCGGAGCGGCCUCUUCCAUUCAGGUCCAAGGGGAUAACACGGAGGAGCUGGACUUCGGUGCCGUCCAGCGAGGGGAUGCGGAGAUGGAGCAGAAGAUGAACAGGGUGAUCCGCGCCUGCAUCGAGAUGGGGGAGAAGAAUCCUAUAUGCAGUAUACACGACCAGGGCGCUGGGGGAAAUGGCAACGUCUUGAAGGAGAUAUCAGAGCCGGCCGGUGCCCUCAUACGAGCCAAGGAGUUUCAGCUAGGGGACCCAACCAUCAACACUAUGGAGCUAUGGGGUGCAGAGUACCAGGAGAGCAAUGCCAUUCUUGUACCAGAGGGGGCGUCAAAGACGCUGAGAGAUAUCUGCUGCAGGGAGAAAUGCUCGGUGUCGUUUGUGGGUGACAUUACAGGGGAUGGUAGGAUCCGUCUGGAACUAGAAGAUGAUUUGGUGGAAAAUGGUGGAGUGAAUGGGGAGUCUACGAAUAAGAAGAUGCGGUCGUGUUCUUACCCAGUUGAUCUGGAGCUGGAGUGGGUCUUAGGAUCAAUGCCAAGAAAGGUAUUCAACAUGGAGCGUGUGAAGCCCAAACUGAAGCCGCUAGACUUGCCUGCAGAUCUGACGGUCAGGGAUGCGAUCAAUCGAGUGCUACGUCUGCCAUCUGUGGCCAGCAAGAGAUACCUCACAAACAAGGUUGACCGUUCAGUGACAGGACUGGUUGCCCAGCAGCAGUGUGUUGGCCCCCUCCACACCCCCCUCGCCGACGUUGCGGUCACAGCCUUGACUCAUUUUGACACCGUGGGUUCGGCCACGGCCAUCGGCGAGCAGCCGAUCAAAGGCCUGGUUGAUCCUGCAUGUGGGGCCAGGAUGUCCGUCGCGGAAGCACUCACCAAUCUGGUGUUUGCGAGGGUCUCGUCUCUGAAAGAUGUGAAAUGCAGCGGUAACUGGAUGUGGCCUGCCAAGCUACCAGGCGAGGGCGCCGCACUCGUCGACGCCUGCGUCGCCAUGUGCGAUACCAUGAAACAGCUGGGAAUAGCCAUUGAUGGAGGGAAGGAUUCCCUCAGCAUGGCCGCCAGGGUUGCCAAGGAAACCGUCAAAGCCCCAGGUGCGCUGGUCAUUUCUGCCUAUGUUGGAUGCCCGGAUAUAAGAGCCACUAUCACCCCAGAUCUCAAGUGCCCGGGAGGCUGUGGGAGUAUUUUGUUUGUGGACCUGAGCUGUGGCCAUAGUCGUCUAGGGGGCUCAGCCUUAGCCCAGUGCUACAAGCAACUCGGUGACAGCGUGCCAGACCUGGAGAGCACGGCCGUGCUGGUCAAUGCCUUCAACGUCACCCAGGAGCUCCUUGCUGAGGGCUUGUUGACAGCUGGUCACGAUGUCAGCGAUGGAGGGCUUAUUACCUGCCUGCUGGAGAUGACCUUUGCAGGGAAUUGUGGGAUGGAGGUCAACAUUCCAAACAACAACAAGGCGUCGUCUUUGGAGCUGCUUUUUGCGGAGGAGCUGGGUUUGGUGUUUGAAGUGUCGGCCCAGAAUGCCGAGGCAGUGUGUCAGAGGUACGCUGGGAAGAGUGUGCUGUGCUCUGUGAUUGGUCAGUCUUGCGGGCAGGGACCAGACUCCAUGGUUCGAGUGUCUGUGGAUGGCAGUGACGUCCUGACGGACAAGAUGACAGUCCUGAGAGACGCUUGGGAGGAGACUAGCUUCCGCCUGGAGGCCCUGCAGGCCAAUCCAGAGUGUGUGACUGAAGAGAGACUAGGCCUUGGGCAGCGUGUGGCUCCUCCCUACAAGCUGACCUUCGACCCCAACAAACAUAAAAUAGAUGCAGAGUUGGCCAAACCAGGUUUUGUUCGUCCUAAAGUGGCCGUGAUUCGCGAGGAAGGCAGUAACGGUGACCGCGAGAUGGUUGCCUCGCUGUUUGCUGCCGGUUUUGACGUCUGGGAUGUCAACAUGCAUGACCUAGCGACGGGGAAUGUCACCCUGGACCGGUUUAGGGGCGUGGUCUUCGUGGGCGGAUUCAGCUAUGCGGACGUUUGUGGAUCUGCGAAAGGUUGGGCAGCGGCGAUCUUGUUUAAUCCCACUGUGCGUGCUCAGUUUGAUGCAUUCCGGGCUCGGAGUGACACUUUCUCAUUGGGCGUCUGCAAUGGCUGCCAGCUGAUGGGGUUGCUAGGCUGGGUGGCCCCGGACCAUGGACAAGGGAUGCCAGAUGCAGAUUCUGCUUCCUCGAAGCAAGGCGUCUUCCUGACACACAACAAAUCCGAGAGGUUUGAGUCCCGGUUUGUCAGUGUGGGGAUCAGUCAGAGUCCGUCCAUACUCCUACAAGGCAUGGAGGGGUCUGUUCUGGGCAUCUGGGUUGCCCAUGGAGAAGGCCAAAUGAAGUUUGCCUCAGACGCCAUCCUCGACCAGGUCACCCAGAACAACCUAGCACCCAUUCGCUACGUGGACGACCAAGGCCAACCCACCACCCAGUACCCACUCAAUCCAAACGGGUCCCCUGAGGGCGUUGCAGCCCUGUGUUCCCCAGACGGGCGACACUUUGCCCUCAUGCCCCACCCAGAGAGGUGCACUUUCACCUGGCAGUGGGCGUGGAUACCGCAGGAAUGGCAACGGGAGGUGAAAGUGUCGCCCUGGAUGCACAUGUUCAAGAAUGCAUGUGCCUGGUGUCACCAAAAUGCUUAGGGGAUUUGGUUGGGUCUCCUGGGUAUGUCAUGGUUGCAAAAUUUAUGGUUGCACAAUUUAUUGUUGCAAAAUUUAUGUUGCAAAAUUUAUGGUUGCAAAAUUUAUGGUUGCACAAUUUAUGGUUGCACAAUUUGUUGCAAAAUUUAUGGUUGCAAAACGUAUGGUUGCAUAACUUAUGGUUGCAUAAUUUAUGGUUGCACAAUUUAUGGUUCUAAAAGUACAUUGCAAGUGGUUGAAAAACUAAAAGGGUUAAGAAUCAUUGAAAUUUUGGGAGGGAAAAAAAGCACUAAAAUGCAAGUAUUGUUGCAGCUUAAGUCAAGCUGUAGUUUUGUUUUUGAUUUAAGAUAGGUAAUGGAUCCAAAUCAAGGUUUAAAUUAAAGUGAAUUUUUCAUCUUAAACUAGGAUUUUUCUUAAACGGAGUAUAAUUUUAGAUGGGUUACUUUAUCUUUUGAGAUGAGGAUACAUGUCUCGAUUAAAAUGGCAGCUAUAUGGAUUGGACACUAAAAGAUGGAAAACCAGCAAGAUUGUUCCAAGUAUUAGGUUACAUCUGUCGAUGUAAUCAUGUCAGUUGUUUUGAAAACCAUUACAGGGUGUUCUCAUAUCAGUUUUCUGUAGCCAGUAAUACCGACUAUUUUUUCUAAAAGUUACUGAAAUUCAUUUUAUUAACUGAAAUUCCAAGAGUUGUAUUCUUCACCUGUCAUUUGUUUUUGAAACGAGAUGUCAUGACAAGACCUUAACAUGUUCAGAAAAAGAAGUUAAUAAAAGUACUAUGGUACGGAUUCUUGA